UCCCGUUUAACGGCGCUCGCCUGAUUGCCUUUUUGCCUUCCCUCCUCCAAUCUCUGUCCUCUUCCACUGCAAUUCAAUCAUCUCUCUCUCCCUCUCUCUCUCUCUCUCUCGCUCUCCAGCCAAACUGAACCAAGAAUUCCACUGUUGUCAUUUCCCACCCUGUAGCUGUUUUCGCAGUCCCACCGCCUGUGAUGGACUCUCUCCAAUCCACAUACAGAGACGACGACGACGACGACGAAACAGGGGAGCUGCCCCUUCAUCCCGCUCCUCCCUCCCCCGCCGACAAACCCUCUCCGCCGCCGCCGACGCCGUCGGCGACGCCAACGCAGACGAUGGGCGAGCCUGAAAACCCCACCCCUCUGAAAACCCAACCCUUUUCCGACGGUUCAUCCUCUGAUGAGGAAGAAACCCCUGCUUCUUAUGAGCCCCGAAAGUCUACCAAACGACCCAGAACUUCCCAAAAUGACGAGGACGACGACCAAGAAGAGGACGAGGAGGAGGAGGAGGAGGAAGAGGAGGAGGAUGAAGAAGAAGAAGAGCCGUCUCCCAAAAAGCAGAAACCUUUGUCCUCUCUCGCUCUUCACCUUCCUGAAAACCAAGAACUCGAAGACCCGGAAGAAACCAAAGAAGGAGAAGAAGAAGAAGCCGAAGCUGGCUCUGUGGAACCUAAUGCGAGCGCGGUCGCCGAAAACGGAGCGGCUCCGAGCACCACCAAUGGGAAGAAAUCGAGCAAGAAGAAGAGCAACAACGUGUGGGUCCCCAAGUCCACUCGGAAGGGCAAAAGGAGCAAGAGCAAGAACAGUACCAACAACACCAACAAUGCCCCCAAUUCGGCCUCCAAUGACAAGGUCUUGGUAGCCCCCUUGCCGCGGUUCCCCGACAAAACGGACGACAACCCGGAGAUGGAAAUCUGUCUGUCCAAGUUCUAUAAGGCGGAGAAAGUCGAAUUGAGCGAGGACCGGAUGACUGCCGGCAGCAUGAAGGGGUACAGGAUGGUGAGGGCCACAAGAGGGGUUGUGGAGGGCGCUUGGUACUUUGAAAUUAAGGUGGAGAGAUUGGGUGAGACAGGGCAUACCAGAUUAGGGUGGUCUACAGAGAAAGGCGACUUGCAGGCACCUGUUGGUUAUGAUGGGAAUAGCUAUGGGUAUAGGGACAUUGAUGGGUGUAAGGUGCACAAGGCUCUCAGGGAGAAGUACGGAGAUGAAGGGUACAAGGAAGGUGAUAUCAUUGGUUUCUACAUUAAUUUGCCCGACGGUGAGCGGUAUGCCCCAAAGCCGCCACGCUUGGUGCUGUUUAAGGGGCAGAGAUAUGUUUGUGCGGCCGACCCGAAGGAAGAUCCGCCCAAGGUGGUGCCUGGGAGCGAGAUUUCUUUCUUCAAAAAUGGGGUUUGCCAAGGGGUUGCUUUCAAGGAUUUGUAUGGAGGCAGAUACUACCCAGCUGCUUCAUUGUAUACUCUUCCUAAUCAACCUAAUUGUUUGGUCAGGUUCAACUUCGGGCCUAAACUUGAAUGCUUUCCCGAUAACUUUGAAGGACGUCCGCUCCCUAGGCUGAUGGUUGAAGUGCCUUUCCAUGGGGUCGUGAACCCGGUUGAGAAUGAUGUGCCCCCCGAGAAAAAGCAUUAGCCAGUUUGGAGGGAUUGCUUUGGUUUAUGAGCUCCUUUUUGUUUAAUAGAGAAGUUGGGAGUUGCAUUCAACCUUUUGUUCAGGUCUUACCAGGAUUUGGGGCUUGAAAAGUUGCAACUCAAUGUAAAGUGUAAAGCUUUUCGUUUGCGUCAUGGUGAGUGAAUCCGUUACUGUGUUAGACCAGCGAACUUGAUUAGAACUUGUCGCGUUUGUCAUUCUAUUUCAGGUUUGA